GUGGAAAUAGAGGGCGCCGAUGCGUUGGAUUCAUCAGUUAUUCCAGUUGCUGCCACUUUACAGAAUCUAAUCCUAGAAGAAGGUGAAGAGAAACGUUUCCUAACGAAUGAAUCACGUGAUGAUCCGCGUGUUCAAGAGAUAAUCCACUUACUCAUUCAAUGGCUCAACGAUGAAUUGUCAGCUCAACGAAUUGUCAUUAAACACAUUCAAGAAGAUCUUUACGAUGGACAAAUCAUUCAGAAACUCAUCGAAAAAUUGGCAAAUAUCAAAAUCGAAGUACCGGAAGUGUCACAGAGUGAAGAAGGUCAACGGCAAAAAUUACAUAUCGUUAUUGAGACUGUGAAUCGUAUCAUUGCACAAGGACAAUAUGAACAAACCAGAUGGAAUGCCGAUAAUAUUCAU